AUGAGUCAAGCCGGCCAACAGGAGGGCAAAUCCACUGAGGAGCUAAAAGCUGAAAAGGCUAGAAAAGCGUCAAUAAGCCGGAUCAAAAGUAAAAUUGCAGAAAAGAGACGUGCCUCUGCCAUCAAGAAGAUGGGGAACCAACCCUUGUCAGCGCUUGUGUUCAAUAAGGAGACCAUGUCUGAUUGGGAGGACCAGACACCACCAGCAAAACCCAAGCGAAGUGACCUAGUUUGGAGGAGUGAAGCUUUCAAAAGUGUUGAAUUCAAACCAGAUGUUGAACCUGAAUAUGAUCAAAUUCCUCGAAAGCUUCCCAAGGACGCUUACAAUGCCAAUUUCCUUUCAAACAUCUCCCUGGUUGAACGAGAACACCUUGACCCCCAGCCCGGAAUUGACUUGGAGGGGAAAUACCGAAUAUUGGAAGAGAUGACUAGACGUGGAGGACCUGGAGCGGCUCGGAGCGCUUGA